AUGAGGCAUGAGAACCAGAGCAGUGUGUCCCAGUUCCUCCUCCUGGGGCUCCCCAUCCGGCCAGAACAGCAGGGCGUGUUCUUUGCCCUGUUCCUGGGCAUGUACCUGACCACGGUGCUGGGGAACCUGCUCAUCAUCCUGCUCAUCAGGCUGGACUCUCGCCUCCACACCCCCAUGUACUUCUUCCUCAGCCACUUAGCCCUCACUGAUGUCUCCUUUUCAUCGGUCACUGUCCCCAAGAUGCUAAUAAACAUGCAUACCCAGGAUCAAUCCAUCCCUUAUGCAGGGUGUGUAACACAGAUGUAUUUUUUCAUAUUUUUUGGUUGUAUAGAUAAUCUCCUUCUUGGAGUGAUGGCCUAUGACAGGUACGUGGCCAUCUGCCACCCUCUCCACUAUACCACCAUCAUGCAAGAAAAUCUGUGUAUCUCACUAGUGGCUGGGUCCUGGUUAUUCUCCUGUAGCAGUGCAAUGUCCCACACUCUCAGCCUGGCCCAGCUGUCUUUUUGCGCUGAUAACACAGUCUCUCAUUUCUUUUGUGAUCUUGCUGCUUUGCUCAAAUUGUCCUGCUCUGACACCUCUAUCAAUGAGCUGGUCAUCUUCACUGUGGGGGCACUGGGAAUCAUCAUACCACUGAUUGGCAUCCUAAUCUCUUAUGUCCGCAUUGGCGUUUCCAUCCUGAGAGUUCCCUCUACCAAAGGGAUCUGCAAAGCCUUGUCCACCUGCGGCUCCCACCUCUCUGUGGUUUUUCUAUUCUAUGGGACAAUUAUGGUACUGUACAUU